ACCCUGCCCCUCCUGUUUGUACUGUUUGUCUUGCCUGUCAGGUUUCUGUCCGACGACGACAAGACGCAUAUCACAUAUUUUAAUCUGAGAGAGAAGCCUGAGAACCAGCUAGCUAGCCAUGGGCCAGAUCGAAGAGCUUCCGGACGAUUUCGACGAGGCGCUCGACCUCAACAAGAAGGCCCCGGCCAACCCCGCGACCGCCGAAGCAGACGAACCCUUCCAGUCCGUCAUCUCGCAUCUACCACCCAGCGGUCUUAAAGACAUCGUCGGUCUUCAGCAGCCCCAGGAUGAAUACUUACCGCCGUCGGACGAAGUUCCCUUCCCGAUCAACUUUGAGAAGUUGAAGGAACUCCAGAAUGACCCUACUGCACCCCACAUGCCGCCGGCGAUGGCGUCUGUCAAGUCGCAUACGGCUGCCGAAUUGAUGGACAUGAUGAAUAAGACACCCUUGUUUAUGACGGAUCUGGAGAAUGCAGGAGACGAGAAGGGUGAAAACGUCCUACUGGAUGCGCUCCGUGCGCUUCAGAAUGAAGGAACCCGCGGAGAAGUUGCUCAGAAUUUCCGUGAGCAGGGAAAUGAAGCUGCCAGGGAGAAGCGGUGGAUCGAUGCGAAGGAGUUCUACACCAAGAGUAUCACCGUGGUGAUGGCCAAAACGGAUCAAUGGGAGAAGCCCGAAGACGCGGAGAAGGAGAAGAAGAUGCUGCGAGAGGCGGAAGAGGCGUCAUACAUCAAUCGGGCUUUGUGCAAUCUAGAAUUGAAAAAUUACCGGUCAACGACAUUAGAUUGCGCCUCAGCGUUGAAACUCAACCCCAAGAACAUCAAGGCCUUUUACCGCUCUGCGACUGCGUUGUUGGCGCUUGACAAACCAAACAACAAACCUCUCCAGCAAGUUGCGGUCAAGAUCGCCGCUCGCAAGGAGGUUUUGGAACGCAUUGCAGCGAGGAAGAGAGCCGAAGAAGAAAAAUCUCGCAAGGAGAACAUGGUGCUUAGCGCCGCCUUGAAAGCGAGACAGAUCCGCACUCGCAAGACAGAACAGCCGCCUGACAUGGAAGACGCUAAGAUCUGUCUAGUGCCAGAUCCCUUGUCACCAGAGAGCUCGUUGGACUUCCCCACCGUGCUCCUUUACCCAAUGGAUGCGCAGUCCGAUUUCAUCAAAGCCUUCUCAGAGAUGCACUCGAUCGCAGAUCACCUGGAGUAUAUCUUCCCUUUGCCCUGGGAUAGAAAGGGCGAGUAUACCAUCAAUGGCGUAGAAUGUUUUAUGGAGACCGUCACCGGGGGGUUGAUCAAGGCGGGGAAGAAGGUCCCCUUGUUGAAGAUCCUCAGCGGAGGCAAAACCGAGGUGGUCGAUGAGAUGGUCCGUAUAAUGAACCGUCACAUCCUGCUACUUUCGCCCCAACACAGUCUCACGCCACAAGGCAGCAUGAGAGAACCCGACACAAUCCAUGUGUAUUGAACAACAGGAUCACGGGUGUUUCCAUCCCUCUCCGCCCCCGUUCCACACAUUCUCUCUCUGCCAUGGCUAUCGUACGGCUAUAUUUUGUGCCGCAUUCUUGGUAUAGUGCCUAGCCUGACUUUGAGCGUGCAGGAUGGAAGGUUGGAAACGUACGAGCCCAUUCC